AUGCGGCAGCGAAGAGACAGUGUUGAUCCGUCCUCUUUGCGGAAGUGUGGAGACAGCUGCUGCGCUUCCAGACUGGCAGGGAAUGAUCAGUGGAAUGAAUGUGAUCGGGAAGUGCAUCAGCUAUUGCCAGAUAAAGUGAAGAAUGAUUAUUUGAAAGGAAACUCUGGGAGUCAAGGCAAACUAAAGAGGCAAAAAGAAAGUCACAUGGUCGAGAAGAGAGAUAAACCGAUUCCUGGCCAAGAGCAGGAUGUCUGGGAGAAACCUUGUGAAUGCUUCGAGUGUGGAAAGAGAUUCAGUUGCAGUGGCACGCUUCAAAGUCAUGUAAGAACCCACACAGGAGAGAAACCUUUUGAAUGCUCAGAGUGUGGAAAGAGAUUCAGUCGCAGUGGCAGUCUUCAAAAUCAUCAAAGAACACACACAGGGAAGAAACCUUUUGAAUGCUCAGAGUGUGGAAAGAGAUUCAGUCAGUGUGGCAGUAUUCAAAGGCAUUUAAAAACCCACACAGGGGAGAAACCUUUUGAAUGCGCAGAGUGUGGAAAGAGAUUCAGUGAAAGUGGCAGUCUUCAACAUCAUCGAAGAAUACACACAGGGAAGAAACCUUUUGAAUGCUCAGAGUGUGGAAAGAGAUUUACUAGCAGUGGCAAUCUUCAAAGUCAUGUAAGAACCCACACAGGGAGGAAACCUUUUGAAUGCUCAGAGUGUGGAAAGAGAUUUUCCUUCAGGAGCAAUCUUCAAAGGCAUUUAAGAACCCACACAGGGGAGAAACCUUUUGAAUGUUCAGAGUGUGGAAAGAGAUUUUCCUUCAGUAGCAAUCUUCAAAGGCAUUUAAGAACCCACACAGGGGAGAAACCUUUUGAAUGCUCCGAGUGUGCAAAGAGAUUUACUAGCAGUGACCAUCUUCAAAGUCAUGUAAGAACCCACACAGGAGAGAAACCUUUUGAAUGCUCAGAGUGUGGAAUGAGAUUCAGUCAGAGUGGCAGUAUUCAAAAUCAUCAAAGAAUACACACAGGCAAGAAACUUUUUGAAUGUUCAGAGUGUGGAAAGAGAUUUACUAGCAGUGGAAAUCUUCAAAGGCAUUUAAGAACCCACACAGGGAAGAAACCUUUUGAUUGCUCAGAGUGUGGAAAGAGAUUUACUAGCAGUGACAAUCUUCAAAGGCAUUUAAGAACCCACACAGGGGAGAAACCCUUUGAAUGCUCAGAGUGUGGAAAGAGAUUUACUAGCAGUGGCAGUCUUCAAAGUCAUGUAAGAACCCACACAGGAGAGAAACCUUUUGAAUGCUCAGAGUGUGGAAAGAGAUUUACUAUCAGUGGCAAUCUUCAAAGGCAUGUAAGAACCCACUCAGGUGAGAAACCUUUUGAAUGCUCAGAGUGUGGAAAGAGAUUCAGUCAGAAUGGCAAUCUUCAACAGCAUCAAAGAAUACACACAGGGAAGAAACGUUUUGAA